CGGACGGGAUGUAUGUGUGCACUGCUGAAUUGCUACAAUGGCAGAUAGCGACAAUAUGAAGGGCUCUGAACCCUCGCCUGCUCAACAGUCGCUCCCUCCACGCCAUUAUCCCUUCUGGUUCGGAGGUUCUGCGUCUUGCAUGGCGACCGCAACAACGCAUCCCUUGGAUCUAUUGAAGGUACUAUCACCCCAAGUACUUUAUACUUAUCGAUUUUAAAAGCUCAGUAAGUAAUUAUCUCUACCGGUUAUAGGUCCGCCUCCAAACCCGUAAACCAGGGGAUCCAGCUGGCAUGCUCAGGACUGCCGCUCAUAUAGUCAAGAAUAAUGGAGUCCUGGGUCUAUACAACGGUCUCUCCGCCUCCCUCCUUCGCGCAAUCACAUACUCAACCACCCGGUUCGGAAUCUAUGAAGAGCUGAAAUCAUAUUUUAGCUCGGCGGAAUCUUCCCCCUCUCUACCCACCCUUGUCCUCAUGGCUUCAACUGCAGGCUUCGCUGGCGGGCUGGUAGGUAACCCGGCUGACGUUCUCAACGUCCGCAUGCAAUCCGACGCAGGCCUUCCCCCAGCCAAAAGACGAAACUACAAACACGCUUUACACGGACUGGUGCAGAUGGUCAGCUCGGAGGGCCCAUCAAGCCUAUUCCGCGGUCUGUGGCCGAAUUCAGCCCGCGCGGUCCUCAUGAACGCUUCCCAGCUAUCUACAUACGAUACCUUCAAGGACAUAUGCAUCCAACACUUUGGCAUGUCGGAUAACAUCAACACGCACUUCACCGCUUCGCUCAUGGCCGGGUUCGUGGCGACAUCUAUAUGUAGUCCCGUCGAUGUGAUAAAGACGAGGAUCAUGACGGCGAGCCCUGCGGAGUCGAGGGGCCAAGGCAUCCUUGGCCUGUUGAAGGAGGUGUUUAGGAAAGAAGGGUUUUCGUGGAUGUUCCGGGGCUGGACGCCUAGUUUUAUCCGCCUGGCACCGCAAACUAUUGCUACGUUCUUGUUUUUGGAAGAGCAUAAGAAAAUAUACCGUGCCUUGUUUCCGCGGACUGAGGACGCUAUUCUCUAACACCUGAAAGAAAAAGGGCAAAACACGUAAAGAAAAUACCUGACCCACGGGGGACGAUGACCACCUAAUCCUUGGCUUUAGAUUGGAUCAAACAGUGUCUCCUCACUACGCCUCAAUUUUGUAUUCCCGGUUUCCGUUCCACUUUCUAUCACCCAACAGCUUAACUCGAUGUCAACUCCUCUAGUUAUAAUCUGGAUACCCAGUUUAUAUGGAUAACCCAACCACAUUUCUAUCUCUUUACGACGUGAUAUGAACUUCAUAUAUCUAACCUUGCGAAAAUUUCCCCAUGAUCUUUUCGCGAAGGAUCAACAGCUACAGCUGCGCUACAAUCACCUUAUGUUUUUUCGUUUGAACAAACUUAUAGACCUAUAUAGAGGACGAACAUGGACGUUGAAGAUUCCAAAAUGGGGGCCCUAUAGAUAGAUAUCCUACAGUAAUGGUACAGAUAAACCCGGCUUUGAAAAAAC